GAGAAGAAAUGUGGAGCAAGAGAGCGUGCCUGGAGGCUCUGCUCUGAUCCUGCCCCUUUGCUAGAAGUCUCCAGUGGUUUCCCGUGGUCAGACAGACCUUGACCCCAGUGGGACACCAGUCUGCGGUAGCCAGCAGUCCCCGCGCGAUGCUGGGGCUGGAUGGGUUGCUGAGACCAGCUUCUUCCUCCCCGUGCCUGGAUGGGGUUGACUAUGACUUCGGUUUCGUAUCCCACAUGAUGGAGCAGAAGGAGCCCCUGAUGCAGACAGUGGAAGGUCCCUACCUUGUCAUCAUCGAGCAGCCAAAGCAGCGGGGAUUCCGGUUUCGGUACGGCUGCGAGGGCCCUUCACAUGGGGGGCUGCCGGGAGCAUCCAGCGAGAAGGGGCGCAAGACCUAUCCCACUGUCAAGAUCUGCAACUAUACAGGGAUGGCCCGGAUUGAGGUGGACCUGGUGACACACAGUGACCCUCCCCGUGUGCAUGCCCACAGCCUGGUGGGAAAGCAGUGCAAUGAGGCUGGCAAUUGCAUUGCGAUCGUGGGACCCAAGGACAUGACAGCUCAGUUCAGCAACCUCGGUGUGCUCCACGUCACCAAGAAGAACAUGAUGGAGAUCAUGAAGGAAAAGCUGAAGCAGCAGAAGAUGCGCAACAGGAGCCAUCUACUGACAGAAGCGGAGCUGCGUGAGAUCGAGCUGGAGGCAAAGGAGCUGAAGAAAGUGAUGGACCUGAGCAUCGUGCGGUUGCGCUUCACUGCCUACCUCCGUGACAGCAGCGGGAACUUCACGCUAGCCCUCCAGCCCGUCAUCUCGGACCCCAUCCAUGACAGCAAGUCCCCAGGAGCUUCCAACCUGAAGAUCUCACGGAUGGAUAAGACAGCAGGCUCAGUGCGGGGAGGGGACGAGGUCUACUUGCUGUGUGAUAAAGUUCAGAAAGAUGACAUUGAGGUGCGUUUCUACGAGGAUGACGAGAACGGCUGGCAGGCCUUUGGGGACUUCUCCCCCACUGAUGUGCACAAGCAGGUAUGGGGGAGGCAGGGGGGCAUCCUGCCAUGCCCCCAGGCAGGGGGGGGCGGUCCUGUCACCGUCUUCCUGCAGCUGAAGCGGAAGCGGGGGGGCGACGUGAGCGACUCCAAGCAGUUCACCUACUACCCCGUGGUGGAAGAUAAGGAAGAAGUGGAGAGGGAGCGUGGGAACCUCAGCUUCCCCUACUCCCCUGGGCUGACCUACAACAGCAUCUACUCGCCUGGCCCCCACCCCGUGGGGGGCUACCAGGGGGGUGUGCAGAUGAAGGGCCCCGAGGCGGAGGGGUCCAGGAGCGACAGGCAGGCGCCUGCGGAGAGCAUGUACUGCAAGGAGCUGCAGAAGCACGCCCAGGUCUGCCAGCUGUGGGUGCUGGCGCUGGCCCGUCGCAAUGCCCAUGCCCUGCUCGACUACUCAGUCACUGCUGACCCCCGCAUGCUGCUGGCGGUCCAGAGGCACCUGGCUGCAUCGCAGGACGAGAAUGGAGACACGCCUUUGCACCUCGCUAUUAUCCAUGAGCAGACGGCUGUGAUCAAGCAGCUGAUCGAGGUCAUUAUUACCAUCCCCAGCCAGCAGGUCAUCAACAUCUCCAACAACCUGCAGCAGACGCCGCUGCAUCUGGCAGUCAUCACCAAGCAGCCCCAAGUGGUCCAGCUCCUGCUGCAAGCCCGUGCUGACCCCACCUUGCUGGACCGCUACGGCAAUUCCCUGCUGCACCUGGCGCUCCAGGCUGGUGAUGAAGAGAUGCUGAGGACACUGCUGGCCCACCUGGGCUCAGCUGCCCCUUACCUGCUCCACCUGCCCAACUUCCAUGGCCUCCUGCCUGUGCACUUGGCUGUGAAGGCAAAGAGCCUGGCUUGCCUGGACCUGCUGGUCAGGAAGGGAGCAGAUGUGAAUGCGGUGGAGAGGCAGGGUGGGAGGACCCCGCUGCACUUGGCUGUGGAGAUGGAGAACCUGAACAUGGCCACCCACCUGGUGAAGAAGCUGGGAGCAGAUGUCAACCGUCCAACCUUCGCCAAGAACACCCCCCUGCACCUGGCUGCCGGCCUGGGCUCCCCCACCCUCACCAAACUGCUCCUCAAGGCCGGGGCAGAUGUGCUGUGCGAGAACGACGAGCCCAUCAGCCCAUCCUCAUCAGAGGCCAGCGACACGGAUGCUGACCCCGAGGAGCAGGAGCUGGCCAUGGAGCUGGGGGAGCCAGUCCUGGCCGUGGAGCGCAGCACCAGCCCCAAGCCCCCCAUGCAGGGGCACGGGCAGGCAGGGCACAGGCAGCGCCAUUGCCUGGCCGGGGGCAGCCUGGGGGGGCUGCUGGAGGCGCUGGACUCCAUGGGGCUCCGCAAGGCCGUGAGGAUGCUCCACAAAACAGAGGCGCUGGAAAAGCUGCAAAGCACAGAGCUGAAGGAAGACAGUGCCUACGGCAGUGAGUCGGUGGAGGAGGAGCAGGCAUCCGCGCUGGCCCUGAAGCCGGGGCCAGGGGGCGAGCUGCCGCACAGCCAGCAGCCGGCGGGGGGACUGGGUCCUGCAGCCAAGCGCAGGACAAGGAGGGGCAGAAAUGAGUCUGACGGGGCCAACGGUGCAGGCAGCUCCGUGGGCAAGGACUGGGGACGGUCCCGCUCUGCCAUCAUCUCCGGCGGAGGGGCCAUGGCCAUGCCUGGCUAG